CUUUGCGGAUCUCAUGAUCGUCGCAAACCUGGCCGACGAUAUUUUAUUUUCUUUUUUUUUUAGUUUACUUUUUUUGCUCGCAAUGGGGCGUGUAACAUACAGCGACCUGCCAAUAGGGAUGAGGUUUCGUCCCUCAGAUUUGGAGAUGGCAGUUUACUUUUUGUUAAAGAAAGUUUUAGGACAUCAUAUGAAAGCUCGUACUGUUCCUCAAGAGUGUCAUGAUAUCUUCUCUACACAUCCUCGUGACUUCCCAGAUAAUGAUCAAGAGGAAGAUGAACAUUGGUACUUCUACUGCUUAAAAACUAAAAAUAAAUUUGCUACAAAAUCUUAUAAUCUUUGGAUACCAACAGGAGAAGAAACUGAAGUGUUGGAUCCUAAAAAGAAUGACGAAUUAGUCGGUAUAAAGCGUUCAUUUGCUUUCAUCGAAAACGAAGAUGAAGAAGAGGAAAAAUCCGAAAAUAACAGUUUGCCUGAUGAAGAAGAAGAACCUCCAAGAUACAAUUGGUUCUUGGAUGAAAUUAGUCUCCCAUUGACAGUUGUAGAUACUCAGUGGACCUUGUGUCACGUCUUUUGCAAGAAUACCAAACCUGAGUUUGUAAGUUUGCCUGUAAUGGAAUCCCAAUCCGAAUCUGAAUCCCAAUCCAAAUCGGAGUCCGAGUCCGAUCAAUCCGAAGAAAAAAAAGAAAGUGUUGAUAAGCCUGCAGAGACAUUAGACAUUGGUAAAGAAAAAGAUGAAACUGUUCUUACUCCACCUCCUCCUUCACCUUAGGCUUUUCUUCAUCACAUGGUGCUUGUGUUUGGUGGUUCUACUUCCAACACAAGUUCUUGAACGAACGUUUUGCUGGCCUUUUUCUAAUACUUAUUGAUUAGAUUCAA